CCACAAGCUUACAUUUAAAAAUCAAACGAAACCCCCGAACCCCUGCGGCUGGCUUAAAACACCGCUCCUCCCCGCGAACAAAACUAAUCAACAAACACAACCGAGAGGAAGGUCUCGGUGUGAAAGAGCUCGAGGAGCCGCAGCCGGGCACAGCAGCCCUGGGGCCGCCCGGCCCUUCCUGGCAGCCACGUGCCGCCGGUGCUGCCGGUUCGUAGCGCUGGGAGGAGCUCCGCGAUGAAACGUUUGGAUGCGGACGGUGCGUUUUUUAAACGGGAGUUCUGCUACCAAAUGUAGAAAGUGAGAGCGGAGGCCACGAGCCUUCCGGGGAGCGCGUUCCAAGGCCAGUGAUUCAUGGGUUCAAACGUGGGUCUGAAGGACGGUUACACGUUGGUAAGGCUCCAGGCAGCAGUGAAAGGACGUUUCUGUGGGGCCACUGGAUGGGAGGCUCGUUUGAGCUGAUAGAAGCCGGCAGUUUGCUGUUGUCCAAGAAGCGGAUUUGUCCCCGUGUGCGUUGAGUCGAUCAUCAUCGCACACUUGGGGCACGUGUUGCUUAUUUAUGGUAGGGUUGCACAAGCCUGGUGCACAGUGCUUUCUCACAGCUGGCUCACACACACAAAGCCAGCCUUCUGCUCGGCACUUACACAGAAUUACAGUUAGCAGUGUUCCACUCCGGUUGGUCUGUAGUUUUCAUGCAAUUACAACAGUGCUGAUGCUGCUUCCAUUGCUAUGCCUGAUCACGGGAGGGGUCUUCACCCAGGCAGGGCUCUUCUUGACCUGUGGGUGUGAAUCUUAGUGUUACAUUGAAAGUAGUUCAGCCAAGGAUGCACAAACCUGGGGUUUUCUUCUCAAGUUGUGUCACCAGCUGUCCUCAUUAAUGUUCACUCCAAGGCCUUCUGGCUCUGGGGAGUCCCUGGUUAAGUAUUUAUUCUGCUGAUACCUAAUACAAUGGUAGCUCAGUUUGUUUAGAAUUAGCCUUCAGCACUGUUAGGUUUAGAUUAGACCCUUCUCUAGGGAAUUUUACUAUAUCAUGACUACUUCUUUUAUUUACUUAAAUUGGAUUCUGGGUGGGAUCAGACAAGUGGCAGGGUUUGGUACAGAUCUCCACACUCCAGCAAAUCAACAGUUGUAAGGUUCUUGUGUGAGCUAACAGCAUGGGGCUGGUGGCACUGCCUGCAUCCCAACAACAACAGCCAUUUGAAAUUUCCUCAGUGGCUUCCUCCACCAGCUCUUGUUCCUUUCCCUGUGGAAUCAUACAAUGGUUUGGGUUGAAAGGGGCCUUACAAAUAAUCUUGUUCCAACUCCCUUGCUGUGGGCAAGGACACCUCCCACUAGAGCAGGUUGCUCAAACAACGGAGGGAAACCCAGAGUGGAUUUUUGGUUUCAGCUGUGAAUUGGUUGUGGGGCAGCUGGAGGAAUGGCAGCUUGCCAUGUCUGACAGCACUUAAGCAGACUCGAGUAUUUGCAUCUUGGUGAAUGUAGUGAGGGCAGUAGAACAGAACUUAAGAGAAACAUAGGUUGUUACGUUCAUCUGAGCUGAUUUUUUUUGAGUUAGUGGAGGAAAAAGCCUCCUAAUGCCAAUAAUUGGCCAUUCCUGGAGAGGAAUCUCUCAGACCACGCUGUAAAAACAAUUAAACUGAAGGGUGGCAUUCCCCAUUGCGUUGGGCAGCAAAACAUUUUAGCAUCCAUUCAUUUUCAGGGAGCAGAUGAGCUUGCACCUUUGCAGGGUCAGGCUUGCACAGUCUGGAAUACAAUUGCUUGAAAACAUGUGGGGUAUGAAACUGAGCUGCUGCUGAAAGAGCUCAUGGCCGGACCUCCCUGAUCCCUGAGGAGCUUCGUGGAGGUAGAGAGGCUGCUGAGAAGUGGGGGUAGGGUGCCAGCCCAACUUGGGCAGCAAUGAAUGCGAUUGCUGCAAAUAAACUGCUUGACAGGGUUAUGGAGAUGCACGCUGGGUGCCAGAGUGGUUUUCAUUUACUCUGAAGUGCCUUUGGAAACGGCGUUGUCAAUUUUUCUAUUUAAAAUCCUUUUUUUUUUAAUAUUGGCAACUUCCAGCAUUCCUGGCAAGUGAGCAGAAAUAGCCCUCCUGUGCUCCUUGUUCCUUUUCUUUGAAUUUUGGUAGGAUUUGGGGUACUUUUUUUGUUCUUUUCAGUGCAGUUGUCAACAUUCAGCUCGCACAACAAUAAGCACAGGGUUUGGAACUUCCUGUGACACAGGAUAUCAUGUCACCAUUUUCUUCUUGAAAAAAAUUAUCAUCAUGCAGGCACUCCAGGGGUGUUUCUAGGGAAUAUCUGAAAUAUUUGGAGUCGAGGGCCAAUAAUAAUACCUGAUUCUUUUUGGAAUAUUUUCCUUUCGAGGCCUGAGCAGGAAGUCUUCAGCUAGUUCUAGAUUUUCAUGCUGACCCUCCCACUUCUCCUGGCUUAUCUCUAAUGAAACGCAGCCCUUUCUCUUACCUCAGCACCAGUGCUCUUUUUAUCUAAUCUGCAAGACACACAGCUUAUGGAGAUGUAUAUUUAACCCAGACUAUCACAGAAAAAGAGAAAUGCAUAACCACUGUAGUGUUAGUCCCUAAACUAUUCUGGGUACUUGGUUUAAUUCUGAGGUGAGAUGUACCUAGCGCGCUUCCCCUUUCAGUUUCAAUCUGCCUUAACAGCCCAAAUUCAGACAACAUGAGAGGCAGGAAAUUUGGGUUUGAGAUGUGGUCUGCAGGGCCAGAGAGGGAAAUUUCUCUCUAUAUUUGCUUAUAAUUCAGAGAUAGAAAUACUGCAGCCUUUUGUCACUAAAAUAAACAAAAAAGCAUUACCAGCAGUCAGCCAAGAAAAAAACAACUUCCUUUACUCGUGUUUUGCAUUUCAGUUCUGCUAGAUAUAAACUUGUGGCAGUGUUGAGAGCCACAUAAAAGAUACAUUAACACCUUUAUAAUUCCUUCACAAGCUGGCCCUAAAGCUGGCUUAUUUCACUAAGCAUUUGGGCAUUUGUAGAAGAGAGUCCUUUACCUGCUGCCUGGGCGUCUUCUGAGAUGGAAAGAGAUUCCAGGGGCUGGAUGGUGGCAUCUGGCAAGAGUUUGUGAAAGGGAAAGGUCUGCCUUUCCUCUCCUUCUCAAAAUGGUCUGUAGGAGCAGGGAGGGAUUUUUGGUGCCAGGUAGUCCAGAACUGCAUUAGCUGCAGCUGCUGCACUGCAGAACUGAAGCUGGGAAUUAUCUCCUCCUCUUCUCCGCCCCACUCCUCCUCCUGGCCUCAUAUUCAGGCCGCCGCUGAGGUUAGCGGCACAAGGCUGGUGGCGCCCAGCAGCCUGGGACUGCAGCUGUUCCUUGGAGAACUGAGCUUCCAUGGCGGCCAGGACGAGAGAGAAGCAAGGACUGCUUCUAUGGAGAGCUCAUUUUUAUCUUGUGCAGAGUCAUCUUUGUAGCGGGAUGUUGAAAUGUGACACAGUGCCUGUUUGUUUGCAAUAGCUGCAACCCUCGUAGCAGAAAUUCAAGUGGGAAACAGAGGGGGAAUCCAGAGGCAAACCAGCGGGAGAAUUAGAAACCGUGACGUCGCGUCCUCCCUCCUGUGCCGGAGCAAGCAAAGAAAGGAGAGGUAGAGGAAAAAAGACUGAGCCUUGCAUCCAGCCGUCACCCUGACAAUGUGUCAGUCAAACGCCCUGCAGGGACCAGAUCUGCACACAGGGAAAUGGCUGCGUUCAGGGAACGGCGGCAGCAGCAGCUGUGCCGGGGACCUGCACCCACAACUGGACAGCCCGGGCCCGGCUGGCUCUGCUGGCGGGACACCAAAUAGGAGAGCUCGUUUCAGGUUGCAAUUUCCCCAGCUGGCCCUGAGGCGAAGGUUGGGCCAGCUAAGCUGUAUGUCUAGGCCUGCUCUGAAACUCCGUUCUUGGCCUCUGACUAUUCUCUAUUACCUUCUGCCUUUCGGUGCUCUUAAGCCCUUGACCAGAGUGGGAUGGAGGCCUGUGAGCAGGGUUGCUCUGUACAAGUCAGUACCAACUCGACUGCUCUCACGAGCCUGGGGUCGUCUGAACCAGGUGGAGCUGCCCACGUGGCUCCGGAAGCCUGUUUAUAGCCUGUACAUCUGGACGUUCGGUGUGAACAUGAAGGAGGCAGCUGUUGAAGAUCUGCAUCACUAUAGAAACCUCAGUGAAUUCUUUCGCAGGAAGCUGAAACCACAGGCACGGCCAGUUUGCUGUGUGCACAGUGUGAUUAGUCCUUCUGAUGGAAAGAUCCUUAACUUUGGACAAGUAAAGAACUGUGAAGUGGAGCAAGUAAAAGGGGUUACUUAUUCUCUGGAGUCCUUCCUGGGACCUCGCAUCAGCACAGAAGACUUGCGUUUCAAUGAAGUCCCACCUGGCAACUCCUUUCAGCAACAACUAGUCACAAAGGAAGGGAAUGAGCUCUACCACUGUGUAAUCUACCUUGCACCAGGGGAUUAUCACUGCUUCCACUCGCCCACUGACUGGAGAGUGUCACACCGCCGUCAUUUUCCAGGCUCUUUGAUGUCUGUGAAUCCUGGAGUUGCUCGCUGGAUCAAGGAAUUGUUCUGCCACAAUGAACGGGUUGUCCUUACAGGAGACUGGAAACAUGGAUUUUUCUCUUUAACAGCUGUAGGAGCAACAAAUGUGGGCUCUAUCCGCAUCUACUUUGACCAGGAUUUGCACACCAACAGCCCACGUUACUCAAAAGGUUCCUACAACGACUUCAGCUUCAUAUCCAACAACAACAAGGAGGGAAUCCCCAUGAGGAAGGGAGAACAUCUAGGGGAAUUUAACUUGGGCUCGACUAUUGUACUCAUCUUUGAGGCACCCAAGGACUUCAAAUUCCACCUUAAAGCUGGACAGAAAAUCCGUUUUGGAGAAGCACUGGGCUCUCUCUAGAGACUGACACAGCAAGAAGGCUUUAGAUACAGAGGAACUCUUAAUACAUCGCCGAGUGUUUCACUUGACAAGCAUGUAUCACUCAGCAGGACCUGGGUGAGGAAAAGAGAUGUCUUUGCUGUGUUCACCUUUAGAAUAUUUGGCCUAUAUUUGCAUAUUGCUGCUGGAACGCAGAACGAACAUGUAUGUAUCAGGUACAGUUGCCUUUAAAGAUACUGACCAUGGAGGUUUCUGUCCUACCCUGUGCCUGUAGUCUUUUGUGUUCUCCCCCUCAGUGUGCCACAGGAUAACUAUGUUCAUAAGCUUAUAAAUCCCUUUUAAGCCUUCCUAGACUGCAGGUCCAGGUAAGGGUGGAAGCAGAGACUAGCUGUAUUUAAGGGGACAUUGACAAGUUGAGUCAGACCUUGUACCUUAGAUAUGGAGUAUCUUUUUCAGACCUUGAAUAACAGAUGUGUUCUCAUCUUUAUUCUAAAACACUCCUCUGAAGUUCUUACAUAAAAUGCACGGAGAGCCAGAAAGUUCAAUGGACAAGUAUGGCUUCACACUCCAACCUAAGCAAAAUGCACAGAGAGUAUCUGUACAGUAAGUUACAUGCCCAAUCUGUUUCCAACGUUAGACAACUUUUAAUUCUUUUACCUAUGUCCCUUUAGAAAUGGACUUUGCACUGUAUUUUAAAGCUAAAAACACUGUGUCUACAUUCCAUAUGAUGAAACUGGUCAUCUUGGGAUUUUAUUUUUUUAAAUAGUAAGAGACAGAUCCAUAUGUCCAUUUUCUACUCUAUGGUUUUAUUUUGCUAUUCCAGGCCUUAAGGACUUUGUAUAAGAGAAAGUUCACUUCUGGAAUUAAGGGUUGGAAGACAGAUGUUUCUCCUGUGAUUCUGUGUAUCUUCGUUGUUGCUUUGUCAUCAAAUUCUUGAAGAAUUAGUUCCUCUAUUUACAGAGCAGCUUCAGAUACUUCAGGACCAAAUUUUAUUGCAUGGAAUGAAAUGCCCUAUGUGCUGACAGUGUGUUAAAAUAUGGCAGAUUGUUGAAGCAAUCUUUGGCCUCCCAGCUGCCAACCUGGCUGUCCUACAGUGGACUGGCAACUAUUUUGUCUUAGCUGAAACAGAAAAAGCCACGCCUGCUCUGAUUUCUGCCCUCAUACUUAAUGAUGAGAAUGGGCUGGGUCUUGAAUGCUUUAUGCUGAAGCUUCAUCUUACAGUGAAAAUUAAGAGCCUUGUUGUAACUUCACAUCAAGAAGAGUCAAUAAUGCCCUGGAUCUGUUGAGUAUGGCACCAAAAGCCCUGACAGAAACUGUGCCAAACUGGAGAAAUUCCAUUUUAAAGCAAUAUAUUGAUUGGUUUUAGAGUUUAAGUUCUUCUAAGUCCAGACACUCAAACAUUUAGAACUGUCUUUGCUGCCCAGAACUUGCUGGAGUGGACGUGCUUACAAAACUUGCCUUUUUGAUCUCCAGAAAUUUCUCAUAUUACUUUCUUGCUUGAGCCUUGGGUGUUUUUUUCUGCUACUUCAAGGAGCUUAGUAGGCUUUGACCAGCUGUGUUUUCCUUAAGAAAUACUUACCUUUUUUGUAUGCACUGCAGAAAAUAGAAUAUAAUUUUAUUGUACACGUCCAGUUUGCCAAGUCCUGUAUGCUUAGCUUGUCAUCAGGAAAGAAGGGAUGGUAAACUGGGUGUAGUGAUGUAGUCCAGCUGUGACUCAAAGAUGAUGGUGGCUGUUCAGGUGACAAGCAGGAGAAAAUUCAUUUGGCUCUGAGAGUCAGUGUUUCCUCACUUUGCACAGGGAGGAGUUUGAAAGCUUGAAGUGGCUCUCGGCCACCUAUGGCGUUAAGCUUCUUGGCAUUAGCAAGUUUACUCCUGCAGCAGUAUAUUACCACAGACAGGUUCUAGAAAUGUGUACUUUUUUAAACCACUACAAAAUACUAAAGCAAACAUCAGCCCCAGCAGCUACAGCUGUGAUUAGCCUCAACUUCAAAGACAGAUUAAUAGACAACACCUUCGUUCCUAUGGAUGAGAGAAAAAUGACUGAAUCUCUUCCCCUUUUCCACUGGGGUUGGUGGCAUCCAGCCAUAGCCAAAGCAAUGUCAAGCUUUAAUUUAUUGCUACUCAGCAGCAUCAUCAGCUGCAGUAGCUGAAGGUUAAUGACAUGCAGUAGGAGGUAGAUUACCUGAUGUUUGCUUUAAUAGAAGUCUUAAGAGGAGGGAGGUGAUUCAGUGUGUGAGUGGCUGGUUUUGUGAAGGUCUCAGUGCUGUACAGAGCUAGCUAAUUAAUAAAUGUUACUUGCUAUGCAGGGGUCAGCAAUCACCCUGGAAGGGGAAGCAAAGUUCCUAGAGGGUACUGAUAAUGCUGUGAAUUUCUCCUGCAUGGAGAAUCCAUUGAAUUCUUCAACUGUAUCAGUAGCACGGUAUUUUUGUAUGUCAAAGUGUUAUGACUUACUGACAUGAACUCAUUUAAUUGCAAACAUUUUGAAAUAAAGAGUCUUAUCCGUGUUGCUUA